CACUCGGAUGUGGGCGGGGUAGAUUUCCACCGCACGCUGCUGCGCUGUUUCUCAAACAGGAAGACGCUCCAGAAAAAUGUGAAUAUGUUGUUUAUGACAAGACUGCAAUGAAUAUGUUAUACAUUAACUGGAAUAAAUUCUGUUUCUUAUCAUUUGUUGUUGCACUCGCCGCUGUCCUUUAUAAUCUGGAACAUUCAGAUACAGACGAAGUCUUCCCAAGAAUGGAUCUGAAUGCGAAGGCAGAGAUUUACCGUCAGAAAAACAAAACGUGUUUUAUUCUCGGCGCUUCUGGGGAAAGUGGAAAGGUGCUACUGAACGAAAUCAAGAAGAGCAACAUAUUCUCCAAGAUCACUCUCAUUGGACGAAGGGAGUUACAAUUUGACAACGACACCUAUGAAAAUCUGGUGCAGAAAGUAGUUGAUUUUGAAAAGCUGGAUGAGUAUGCUGAAGCGUUUCAGGACCAUGAUGUUGGAUACUGCUGUCUAGGAACAACCAAAGCCAAAGCAGGAGCUGAAGGGUUUGUGCGUGUGGAUCAUGACUACGUACUCAAAGCAGCUGAACUUGCUAAAGCAGGAGGUUGCUCUCACUUUCAUCUAGAAUCCUCCAAAGGAGCAGACAAAACCAGCAGCUUUCUCUACCUGAAAACUAAGGGACAGGUUGAAGCAGACAUUGAGGUUGUAGGUUUUGAGUGUCUCUCCAUCUAUCGACCAGCGGUGUUAUUGGUGGACAGACAGGAGAGCAGGCCUGCUGAGUGGAUGGCCAGGAAAUUUCUUGGUCCUCUUUCCUCUUUAUUUCCUACUGCACUGUCAAUCCCCAUCACGUCAUUGGCAAGAGCUAUGGUAGUCAACACACUAAAAGAGGGAGAACAGAAAGUAGAAAUUCUUGAAAACAAGGCCAUAUACGAUCUUGGGAAAACCUAAAGGAAGAAUAUUUUUUUUCUAAAGUGCAAUUCUACCGUGGUGUAAUUUAGAAUAACAAGCCAUAGAUUGUUUAAAGCUGUUUUAAAUGGAAUUUGAAACAUUUUAACAUAAAAAAGAAAGAUACAUACUGUUUUUGUACUACACAUGGGUUUAUGUUUUGUUUUUAUGUCUUCUACUCGGAUGCGUUGUUAUAUAAAUGCACAAUUAUACAAUUAAUAUAGCUGUAAACAGUGAUUAUGGGUUCAAGGCAAAUAAGGGCACAAGGGGAAAUACUACAUAUGUGGACAUCCCUUUUGAUAAUCUUUCGAAAAGCAGUUUCCAAAGCAGGCAAAAGUACUUGAAUAAUAAUAAAAUUAUUUAUGCAUGUCUAA